CCCACCCAGGCCCACCACUACCAAGCCAGCCACAGCCCCAGACCCACCCAGGCCCACCACUACCAAGCCAGCCACAGCCCCAGACCCACCCAGGCCCACCACUACCAACCCAGCUACAGCCCCAGUCACCUCAGCCCUAGACCUGGCCAGGGUUACCAGCCCUGCCCCAGCCCUGGCUCCAGCCCUGCCCUGGGCCACCACCUUUCAUACAUGGACCACAUGUACAACCACAGCAAGGUUCAGGAGGAACACGGUUGUAUAAAGCUGGAGCCAGAGUCUCCUCCCCAGCACUCAGACAGCAGUCCUCUCUACUCCAAGCUACAGGACGACACCACCGCUUCCCUACUCAACAUAGAGUGUCGAGUCUGCGGAGACAAAGCUUCUGGCUUCCACUACGGAGUCCAUGCCUGUGAAGGCUGCAAGGGGUUCUUCCGUCGGACCAUCCGGUUGAAGCUGGUUUAUGACCACUGUGACCUGCACUGUCGCAUCCACAAGAAGAGCCGCAACAAGUGUCAGUACUGUCGCUUUCAGAAGUGCCUGGUGGUGGGCAUGUCUCACAAUGCCAUUCGUUUUGGACGGAUGCCCCAGGCUGAGAAGGAGAAGCUCCUAGCUGAGUUCUCCACUGACAUGGACAUCAUGCACCCUGAGGCUGCCGACCUGAGGAGCCUGGCCAAGCUGCUGCUGGAGUCCUAUCUCAAAUACUUCCCCCUCACUAAGGCCAAGGCCAGGGCCAUCCUGUCUGGAAAGACUGGGGAUAACGCGCCGUUUGUAAUCCAUGACAUGAAGUCUCUUCAGGAAGGAGAGAGGUUUAUCAACUGCAGGCAGAUGCCCAUCCAUGUUGUCCAGGAGACCAGGACUGAUGCUGGGCCUGAGGCUGGGACUGGGACUGGAGCUGGCUGUGGUCUAGGUGGAUGUCUGGCAGUGAGUGAAGGCCUGGCUGUAGGUGGAGGUCUAGGUGGAGGUGUUGGUCUGGUCCAGGAGCCCACUGACGAGGUGCAGCUCAGGUUCUUCUACAGCUGUCAGUCGCGCUCCGCUGAGGCCGUCCGAGAGGUCACAGAGUUCGCUAAGAGCAUCCCUGGCUUCGUGGGAUUGGACCUGAAUGAUCAGGUGACUCUGCUGAAGUACGGCGUCAUCGAGGUCCUCAUCAUCAUGUGGGCUCCGCUCAUGAACAAAGAUGGUACACUGAUCUCCUAUGGACAGAUUUUCAUGACGAGAGAGUUCCUGAAGAGCCUGAGGAAACCCUUCUGUGAUAUGAUGGAACCCAAGUUUGAGUUCUCUGUUAAGUUCAACACCCUGGAGCUGUAUGACAGUGAUAUGGCACUCUUCCUCGCCGUCAUCAUCCUCAGUGGAGAUCGUCCAGGCCUGCUGAAUGUGAAGCCCAUUGAGGAGCUACAGGAAACAGUCCUCCACUCUCUGGAGCUCCAACUGAAACUCAACCACCCAGACUCCCUGCAGCUCUUCGCCAAGGUUCUGCAGAAGAUGACAGACCUGAGGCAGAUAGUAACAGACCACGUGCACCUAAUCCAGCUACUGAAGAAGACUGAAGUGGACAUGUGUCUCCACCCACUGCUGCAGGAGAUCAUGAGAGACCUCUACUAGUAGGGUCAAUAUGAAAUGGCACCCUAUUCCCUAUAUAGUGCACUACUUUUACGCACUAUAUUAAAUAGUUUUUCAUCCAAGGUAACGGAAAAACACCGGUUCAAAACCGCAUAUGGAUGUGUUAGUCCUAUUGAUGCCACUGAUGAGGCAUAUUGGGGCGGCAGGUAGCCUAGGGGUUAGAGCAUUGGGCCAGUAACCGAAAGGUUGGUGGAUCGAAUCUCCAA